GAGGCGAUGAGGCAGCGAAGGGCCGCCGAGGGGAGUCUCGUGCUGCUGACUCAGCCUCCCAGAUCGCGGGGAAUUCCUGCGCUCGCUUCAUCAGCAUCAGCAUCGGGGUUGGAGGUUACUGAACGCUUCAAUUUGGUCGCUGGCCUGGAAGUCCUCCCGAUCCCACAGGUCUACUGCAUCUGCAUCUUAUAUAGUACUCAAUUCGAUACACCGCCCCUUCUCGUUCCGCAUAUACAUUAUCGCCGCGCCCUUCCUCUACUAGGCUCCGCCGGUGAGCUUCCCCUCCCCGCAAUAUGGCUUCAGAUCAAACCUCGGCCCUGCUUCUGCUGCCACCGCCUCCGUCGGCCUCCUUUGACAAGUUCAAGGCCGCCUACGAGCCCAUUCUGUCGGCAGUCUGCUCAAGGCUUACCAAAGAGCUUAACGGUGCCAACCGCACGGUGAUUCUAGAUAUUGCGCUCUCGCUGCCGGGCCUUCUGUCGCCGGCAUGUCGGCCGCGGACGAAAGCAUUUUCAAGCCUCCAGUCUUUCCUGGAAAGCAUUUAUAGGCUUAUUGGAAUUGUAUGUGUCGAGCAGAACCUCGAACUAGAUGGGCCUGGUGGGAUCGAUGCCCGUGUGAUCUUGCUCGAUUUUGAUUCGGUCCAGAGUGCCGCCGUCACCAGAGACCAACCACGCGAUGGCCCGAUCAUUGACUUGCAGACGCUGGCACAAUGUGGGCGGCCAUGGGACUACAUAUACUACCCGGAUAACCAAGUAGGUCAGAAUCUGGCCACGGCCUUCAGUAGCUUUUAUUCUCCGUCCAAGGACCCCAAUGCCGGGUCUAUGCACGCCAUCCCAGAAGCACCCAACUGGACCGUCCCAGAAUCUCUCGUGACUCUGGACGAUGUCAACAAAUCAAGCACGCAUUACUCUGUGGCUGUAGGGGGCACUUUCGAUCAUUUCCAUAUCGGACACAAGCUUCUGCUCACGGCUACGGCGUUGGUUUUGCAGCCGGCUGAAGAUGCAGACACAGGUAAAGCGCGACAGAUUACCGUUGGGGUGACGGGGGAGGGUCUGUUGGCGAAGAAGAAGUACGCAGAGUUUCUGGAGAGCUGGGAUGAGCGAUGCGCGAGUACUGGUUCGUUCCUCAUGGCCAUCAUGGAUUUCCAUCUCCCGGAAGCCGGCGCGCCGCGCAUUGAGAGAGCGUCUGGGCCUGGACCCGAUGGCAAAUACAUUCAGAUGCAAGUCCGCCCCGAUUUAGUCUUCAAGCUGGUACAGAUCACGGAUCCUUUUGGUCCUACCGUCACCGACCAGGGCAUUGGUGCUUUAGUUGUUUCCCGAGAGACUCGCGCAGGUGGAGCCGCUGUCAACGAGGAGCGCGCAAAGAAAGGCUGGGAGAGUCUGGGGGUGUUUGAAGUCGACGUGUUGCACACAGGCGAAGUCCCCACCGACGAUGUCGAGAAUUUCGCGUCGAAGAUAAGCAGCACGGAUAUCAGGCGACGUCGGAUAGAAAUGGCGACGAAAUAAUUAGCGCCGUGAACUGGCAAAAUGCGGGCAGCUGUUCUAUCCAGUCGUCAGCCUUUAGACAUUGACAGCUGUCCUGAAACGGAAGAUGACAGGCGUGCAGGUAUGGGGAUGAUUGGGCACGACAGGAUCUUGUACAUACAUUGCCGGCAUCCCCAGCAGCAUGGGACAGCAAAGCGAAUCAUGCAUUCAUCGUACAGAUUGUCGUG